AUGAAUAACGUUCAAGAAGAAGCUGGAGCAUCAUCAAGCAAACUGGAAAACUCGGAUGCGUUGGAGCCUGAAAUUGCGCCAUAUGUGGCGCAGGUAAAGAAGCUGAUCCAUCGGCGAAUGCUGGUUGGAAUCAAAGACGGGCGCUUCUUUGUCGGCAAUUUUUAUUGCAUGGACAAACAGGGGAACAUAAUUCUUCAGGAUGCCAUUGAGUAUCGCAACACUAGAAGAACAUGUCCUUCCCCGAUGGAUCAUAGAGGUGUCGGUCUCAUUUUGAUCCCAUCCUCGUGUCGAAUGUCUUGCCAUGUGGAUUGCUCUGUGGACGAACAGCUAGCUCUUCUCAACCUAAAAGUGCAAACGAUGCAGCAGUAAAAAGUAAAUCUUGACUGGUGAUGUAUAAAUUUCAUAAGCAUUUUUCCCCUGUUUAGACAAUUGUGUCAAAGAUUUUGCCUUGACAAACA